UAGACCACAUCUUAACGAAGAAGACAGUGUCUAUAGAAUACGCUUUGCGGUAUGUCACUGCGAAGUUGGGCCCGUCAGUUUUUCACUGCCAAUCAAUUGCACGAAUGUUUUCAACCGUUAUUUUACGUCACCUACUUCCAAGGUUUAACACCUUUCUACAUCAAACAAGACCCAAAUGGAAUUAAAAGACUCAAAAACUCCGUAUUCGGCUACAUAAAUGCCUUAUUUCAUAUUAUUAUGUAUGGAGCGUGUUAUGCUUUAACGUUGGUAAAUAAUUGUGAAUCUGUGGUGGGAUAUUUUUUUCGAACUCGUGUUUCAUAUGUUGGUGAUUUUAUGCAAGUUUUGAGUGGAUUUAUUGGUGUAACUGUAAUUUAUAUAUCAGCCAUUGUACCAAAACAUCGUCUUGAAAAAGUAUUGACUUUAUAUUGUUUUAUUGAUGAUCAAUUGAAGGAUAUUGGUGUUGAGAUAAAUUAUAGUAAAAUAUAUCGAUAUGCUUAUGGAUUAAUGAUAAGUUUGUUAAUUUUGAAUUCAGUGUAUAUUGUGGGAUGUUUUGAGUUGAUGAAAUCAGUGGAUAUUCGACCAUCUAUGGCGUUGUAUGUGACAUUUGUGCUGCAGCAUUCGGUGCUGUCGGUGGCAAUGUCUUUGUAUAGUUGUGUUACAAGGACGUUGGAGAUGAGGAUCGUGAUGCUAAAUCAGGUUCUCAAAAACUUAUCCAAUCAAUGGGAAAACCGCAAGAUCCGUUCGAUUUCCGCAAAAAGCCGAUCACUAAACUGUCUUGAUUCAUUCUCAAUGUACACAAUUGUCACAAAGAAUCCCUGUGAAAUCAUUCACGAGUCCAUGGAAAUCCAUCAUCUCAUCUGUGAAGCAGCUUCGACAGCUAACAAAUAUUUUACCUAUCAACUGCUCACAAUAAUCUCGAUAGCGUUUUUAAUAAUUGUCUUUGAUGCAUAUUAUGUUUUGGAAACUCUGCUGGGAAAAUCAAAACGUGAAAGUAAAUUUAAAACUGUUGAAUUUGUUACGUUCUUUUCGUGUCAGAUGAUUUUAUAUCUAAUUGCUAUUAUAUCGAUUGUGGAGGGAAGUAAUCGAGCUAUAAAAAAGAGUGAACAAACUGGUGGUAUUGUCCAUGGUCUAUUGAACAAAGCAAAAAGCCCAGAUGUCAAAGAGAAAUUACAACAAUUCUCAAUGCAAUUGAUGCAUUUGAAAAUUAAUUUUACUGCAGCUGGACUUUUUAAUAUUGAUAGGACACUUUAUUUUACGAUAUCUGGAGCACUGACAACUUAUUUGAUAAUUUUACUACAAUUCACUUCAAGCGCACCAAAUGGAUCUGUACCGUGUAGUUUUGGGCAAAAUGGAAAUAUUACAGCUAUUGGCAAUGCAACAAUCGCCCCAAAUAAUUAAAUAUAGUAUAUAUGCAAAGCACACGAAAUUGUCAUCUGAAUUCUCUAUCCAAUUAGUGUCUUAUUUAUCAAAUCAGAAUAAUAAUGUUAUUAUAUAUUUUAAUAAAGUUGCAAAUUUAUUUUCGUA